AUGUUUGAUCAAAAUUUUAGAAAUUUCAGAAUAAAGGAUUAAAGUUCGCACAUCGUAAAACUAUAAAAUCUUAUCAUGUGUGAUCAUUGUGCCAAAAUUACUAGUCAAAAAGGAUAUGCUGGACAAGUGACCUGUCGAUGCAACAGUGGCGAGAAAAAAAAUGGUGUGGCCAGUAAAGAAAAGGAUUCUGCUGGAUGUUGUAGUAAAAAAGAAAAACAGGUACACGGAGGAUGUUGUGGUGCUAAAUGUUGCUCAGGCACUAAGGAACGUGGCGGAUGUUGUAGCGAUACCACUACAGAUAAAAAAAGUUGCUGCUCAACAGGAAAAUAAUCUACCAACGCAAUGGCUCUACAUGAUAACAAGAGCGAGAGAAGCAGCCGGUGGUUGCUGUAUGUCUGGUUGUUGUAAGCAAACUAAAAAUGAGAAGAGCGAAAGAAAUUCGACAGGUGCAAAUUGCACGCAGAUAAAAGAUACCGUAAGAGGAUGUUGUUCCGAAAAUCACAGAUAACGAAAAAAAAAAAAACUUGCGUAGUAAAUCCAAAACUUAAUCCAAAAACUUCAAAUAUUUUUUGCCUACAUUUUCUGUUUUACAUACAUUACCAAUAAUCUAAAAUAUAUGUCUGGAUCUAAAAUAAAACUAUCAAAUUUUUGUAUAUAAAAUCUGUUUAUUCCAAAAUUGUCGUUGUAAAUUCACAAAGGGUGUCAAUUUUAUUUUAAUUAUUAUGCAAAUAUACAGUACUGUGUGUGUACCGUUUUUAUAUAGAUUUUGUACAUUGUAAAUGUUCUGUAUGCACUUCAAUCGUUUGUUAAUAUAACUGGGCUUAAUAUAUACACUAAGACCUUAGCGCAACAAUUU